UUUACUAAAUUUUCUAAAAUCAAAAAUAAAUUCAUUGUUUGUUCGUAAUGGCAAACCGACUAACACAACAGUUGGUAGAGGCGAAGGGCAAGUGCUCGAACUACCGCAGGGCCGUAAGGUUGAAUGCCUGGGGCAGCGACCUGGUGGACAUCUCCAUCUGCCUGGAGAUGCCGCUUCUGGAGGUUCUGGCACUCAGCUUGAACAAAAUCAAUACGCUGAGCAGUCUGGUGAACUGCACGCGACUAAAGGAGCUGUAUUUGCGCCAGAACAACAUACGGAGCUUCGAUGAGCUGAACUACCUGGCCAAUGCCAAGUCCCUUAUAUCACUCUGGCUGGAGAACAAUCCGUGCUCCGAUGCCGCUGGCGACGACUAUCGCGCGUGUGUGCUACGUAAGCUGCCGAAUCUAAAGAUGCUGGACAACGUGCACGUCUGCGAACAGGAGUUGCAGGCCGCCCUGCGGUACGAGUACUACCCGCUGCUAAAGAGUGCCAUCGUUUCUCCGGUGACGGAGCCGUCCCUGAAACCCGGCUGCAGUCCCAAGGUCAAUGAAUGUUUCAGUCAGAUGGAAAAGGAGCGGGAGCGGCAUCGGGAUCCGGUGCAUCAGGAACCGGAGCGCCGACGUGAACUGCAGCAUCAUGAGCCGGCGGAGAAGAGAGAGAGGAGAGAGAGCUAUGAAAACUAUGACGAACUGCGGCUGCCCAGGCCGAACAGAUUUGCUGGCGGGGAUGCCCGCGAUAUUGAGGAAACGGUUCGUGCUAAGAGUCCACCGCCCAAGCGUCAAAUGAAUAUCACUGGUGACCAUAUGCAGCGUUAUCAGCACGUUCGGGAGCCACAGCCGGCACAGCUUGCACAGUCGGUUCGGCAGGAACAGCCGGUUCACCACGUUCACCACGUUCACCAGGUUCGCCAGUUUCAGCAGCCCCAGCAGGUUCGGCAGUAUCGUCAGAAUCAUCGCGUUCACCAGACAAUGCACACUGAGCAGCAUCUUCAGCAUCGUCAUCAGAAUCCUCCGGGUCACAGGUCACAGGUCGCCGACGCUGCUCCCAUGAUGGUAGCCCAAAACCGUCUGGAGAUGAUUCAUAGCCGACAAUUCGAUUCCCGAUGUUUGAUGUCCAAUGUUCCCUCUCAGGCACCGAUGUCCCCCGCCUAUUAUGCCGGCAAUUACGCUGCUGUGGAUCGGCGACGUUAUCUGCAUCAUAGCAAUCUGCUGUCGGCCGCAUUGUGCCUCAUCCGUGAAAUGGACACAUGCCAACUGGAGGCCCUCAUCCAGGCCAUCCACGAACAGGUGCCCAAUCACCCAAUGAACUACUAGAUCGCACACCUUUGGUUAAAAUAGAUUUCUUUUCAAAAUUGUAGUUCUUUUUUGUGAAGAAAUCUCUCAUGGGUAAUCUCUCUUGCAUAUUUUGUACAUUUAAGUAAUAAAAAAUGCUAAAGCCA